AUGAGUAAAUUAAUUCCACAGCCUCAAAAAACGUAUUUGAUUGGAAAUUUGAAAGAGAUAAAUCCUGAUCAUUUUUUGGAAUCACUUCAGAAACUUCAAAAAUUGUACGGUGAUAUUUAUCGAUUGACUAUUUUUAAUAAAAGCAUUGUAAUAGUAUCUAGUCAAGAAAUUGUCAAUUUUGUAUGUGACGAGUCGAAAUUCGAUAAAAAAGUUGGUCAAGCUCUACAAGAAUUGAGAGCCGUGAGUGGUGAUGGACUCUUUACUGCAUAUACGCCAGAAUUAAAUUGGAGACUUGCGCAUAAAAUUUUAAUGCCUGCUUUUGGACCACAAGCAAUUCACGGUAUGUUUCCUGCUAUGAUGGAUAUAUGCUCACAACUUAUUCUUCGAUGGGAACGAUUUGCUGGUGAAGAAAUUGAUGUUUGUGAUAAUUUCACUCGUUUAACAUUGGAUACUAUUGCUCUAUGCAGUUUUAAUUAUCGAUUUAACAGUUUCUAUCAGAAGACAAUGCAUCAUUUCGUUGAUGCUAUGGUAAAUGUUCUCAUUGAAAGUGGUAGACGUGCUCAGCGAUUUUCUUUACAAAAUACACUUAUGGUGACAACUACGCGUCGCUAUAAUGAUGACAUUGCAUAUAUUCAUAACCUAUGUGAUGAAAUUGUUAAAGAAAGACGAGAACAUCCAAAUGAUGUUAAUGAUUUACUUAACCGAAUGAUUAAUGGUAAAGAUCCCGACACUGGUUAUCAAUUAUCUGAUGAAAAUAUUCGUUAUCAAAUGGUUACUUUUUUGAUUGCUGGACAUGAAACAACAUCUGGACUUCUGUCAUUUACUAUGUAUUAUCUUCUCAAAAAUCCACAUGCUUUACAGAAAGCACAAGCAGAAGUCGAUCAAUAUAAUGAAAUUACAGCUGAUAUUUUAAGCAAAUUAAAAUAUAUUGAUGCAGUACUAAAAGAAACACUUCGUUUGCAACCUACAGCGCCAUUAUUUGGUUUGGAAUCGAAGGAAGACAAUAUCAUGCUGCCAGGUGGUUAUAUAAUUCAUAAUGACGAGCUAAUAUUGGUUCUUUUGCCUCAACUACAUCGUGAUUCACAAGUAUGGGAUCGACCAGAAGAAUUUCUUCCAGAAAGAAUGUUAAAUGGUGGAUUUGAAAAGCUUCCACCAAAUUCAUGGAAACCUUUUGGUAAUGGUCAACGUAGUUGUAUUGGACGACCCUUUGCAUGGCAAGAAAGUCUUCUUGCUAUUGCAAUUAUUCUUAAACAUUUUAAUAUUGAAUUUGUUGAUCCAUCUUAUGAUCUUCGUAUUAAACAAACAUUAACAAUCAAACCUGAUGGUUUCAAAAUACGAGUUCGACCGCGUCAACCGGUUAGCAUUUCACUUGAUACAAAUAUUAAACAAUUAGAAAAAAUACCAGAAAAAAUAAAACAACAAGUCGAUGAUAAACAUCUUCGACCAAUGUGUAUUCUUUUUGGAAGUAAUUCUGGUUCGUGUGAAUCUUUUGCAAGUACAUUAGCAUCUGAAGCACCUCUUUAUGGUUAUAAUGCUACAGUAGCUACUCUCGAUUCUGCUGUUGGAUAUCUUCCAAAUGAUCGACCUAUUAUUGUAAUUACUGCUUCAUAUGAAGGUAAACCAUGUGAAAAUGCCAAACAAUUUGUAGCUUAUCUUGAAUCAAAACCUAAAUUAGAAAUACAUUAUGCUGUAUUUGGAGCUGGACAUCAUGAUUGGGUUGAUACAUAUCAAAAAAUUCCGACUUACAUUGAUCAAAUGAUUGAAAAUGCUGGUGGCACAAAAAUUAUUGAACGUGGUGCUGGUGAUGCUGCAGGUGAUUUUUUUGGUGCAUUUGAAGCUUGGAAAGAAAAUCUCUUUCAAAUAUUACGAAAAGAUACUGAUGAUCAAAAUGUGAUCAGUGACGAAAAACUAUCCAUUGAAAUAGUUAAUUCAACAAGAAAUCUUGGACAAAUAACAGAUUUUGGCAUUGUUUUACGAAACAAGAUUUUAGUUGAAGCAAGUGAAAUUGGUCCUAUGAAACGACAUCUUGAGAUUAAACUUCCAAAAGGACAGACAUAUCGUACUGGAGAUUAUCUUGCAGUUUUACCAACAAAUCCAAUUGAAACUGUUUAUCGAGUUCUCAAAAGAUUCAAUUUAACUACCGAUACUCAAAUCAAAAUUGUUUCUUCUACAAAUACGUUUUUUCCAACUAAUUAUCCAGUUAGUGCGUUUGAUAUUUUACGUGGUUAUGUUGAAUUAGUUCAACCAAUCAGUAAAAAGCAAAUUGAAACUCUUGCUGGAUUAUGUAAAAAUGAAAAAGAACAAAUAAAUCUAACAAAUCUUGGUGGAGAUGAAUAUGAAAAAGAAAUUCUUGAUAAACGUAUUAGUAUAUUAGAUAUUCUUGAAAUAUAUCAUUCAUGUGAACUUACAUUUCCACAAUAUCUUCGAAUGCUUCCAUCACUUCGUAUUCGUCAAUAUAGUAUUUCAUCUUCACCUAUAUGGAAUUCUGAAGUAGUGACAAUUACAUUUGAUAUUCUCAAUACUUCAGCUUUAAGUGGAUACGGACAAUAUUAUGGUGUUGCAUCAAACUAUCUUUCAAAUUUAAAAGAAGGUGAUCGAGUUAGUUGUAGUGUUCGAGCAAGUAAUGUUACAUUUCAUCCGCCUGAAGAUACAAAAAUACCAAUUGUAAUGAUUGCUGCUGGAACUGGAAUUGCACCAUUUCGUGGAUUUAUUCAGGAAAGAGCAGCACAAUUAGUAUGUGGAAGAGAAAUUGGACGCACGAUUCUUUAUUAUGGAUGUCGAUUAGAUGAAGAUUUUUUGUAUUUAGAUGAAUUGGAUAGAUGGUCAAAACUUGGUGCAGUAGAAAUCAAAUCUGUUUUCUCACGUCAAGAAAAUAAUGGUAAAAAAUAUGUUCAAGAUUUGCUUUGGGAAGAUCGAAAUGAAAUUGCUAAAUUGUAUUGUAGUGGUGCACGUUUUUAUACAUGUGGAAGUGCUAAAAAAUUAGGUGUAUCAGUGAAAACAUGUUUUAUCAAGAUCAUUACAGAAAUAAAACAAUGUGAUGAAGAAGAAGCAGGAAAAAUUCUUGAAAAAAUUUCACUUGAUCGAUAUAGUGUUGAUGUUUUUGCAUGA